UACUGUGUCAACCACAAGAGCACUCAGCCUGCCAUUGGAUGAAGAAGCUGUCCCACAACCUUCAGCACAGAGGCAUGAAACAGCGAAAGAUGGCACAGUGUGGACUGUAAUACAGUCAGGUGAAAACAGUGGAAGGCGUCAGAGUCAUAAUGUUUUUACAGAAGCUUCAGGCCCCACAGCACAUGCCAAACGCAACAUUGAGGAUGCCCUCACCUCUUUUCUGUGUUUGGUUGAUGAUGCCAUGCUGAAACACAUCAGGGCCUGCACUGUUGCUGAGGCACACAGAGUCAGAGAGGAAAGUUCAUGGGAUAUGACUGUCGAUGAGCUAAAGGCCUUCAUUUCUCUAAUCUACAUUCGUGGUGCACAAGGUGGAAAAGGCCUGGACUUGGCGAGCUUUUGGUCAGCUGACUGGGGCUGUGCAUUUUUCAAGGAUACCAUGUCCCGAAACAGAUUCCAGGAAAUCUUACGAUUCCUGCGUUUUGACAAAAAGGAGACGAGACGCACACGUCUGCAGGAGAACAAGUUUUCCCUGGUAUCUGAAGUUUGGGAGAGAUUUGUCCAGAACUGCAUCACUUGCUACAAACCAGGUGCUGAUAUAACUGUUGAUGAGCAGCUCUUCCCAACAAAAGCAAGGUGCAGCUUCAUCCAGUAUAUAGCUAGCAAACCUGAUAAAUUUGGUAUCAAGUUCUGGCUUGCUGCUGAUGUUGAUACCAAAUACAUGCUAAAUGCUGCACCAUAUCUGGGCAAAGAUGAGACACUUGAUAAUUUCUUUACUUCCCUUGAACUUGCCAAGGCACUAAAGGCCCAGAAAACCAGCCUGGUUGGUACAGUAAAUAAGAGCAGACGAGAGCUUCCUCCAUCUGUAAAGGAGCAAAGGGCCCUGCACACCACAGAGGUGCUGAAAUGUGACAGUGCAACCCUAACAGUGUAUCAAUGCAAACCAAGGAAAAAUGUCUCCAUUCUAAGCACUGACCACACAACUGUCAACAUCACAAGUGGCCGUAAGGCUAAACUGUUACAUACGAGACUGUUACAUACUACAACAGAACCAAGGUUGGAGUAG